AGAAAGAAAAACAAUAACCGCAAAUUAAAUAAACGUAAACCAUAAUUAUGACAAAAUGAGUUUGUCGACAGCAGUGCUGCUGGCAUGUUCCUUAACAGUGCUCUUACAGGUUGCGAGUCGGGCCAGCGGCUUGGACACUGUAAAUGCGACAGCGGGCACUCAAACUGUAAAUUCUACGGCAGGCUUGAAAACUGCAAAUUCUACAGCAGGCGUUACAUUUUGUUUAUAUCAAGAGCACAAUGUAACUUACCGCCGGGAGCUGGGUGCCGUGUGGUUUGCCUCACAGGAUCCCUGUCUGGUGUACUCGUGUGCCGCGGGCGUGGCCACGGAUCCGCAGGCGCAUAUUGUCGUCACACAAGUCGAUUGCAAUGAGUUCUACUGUGAAGUGGGCUCGGAGCUACGCUCAACCGCUGGCAGCUGCUGUGGCGAGUGCGUGCGCACCCAUUGCCAGCAUAAUAAUACCCUGUAUGCGGUGGGUGAGUCCUGGCACAACGAUGCCGACUGUACCCUCCUCGAGUGUGGCCGUUUGGACACUGGCCAGAUUAUUAUCAACACGUAUCAGCGCAAUUGUCCGCCGCUGCAGGAGGAGUGUCCCGCCUCGAGGGUGGAGCUGCGGAACUGUUGCCCCUUUUGUCGUCCAAGUCCCCUAAAAGCGUCGCGAGUGGAGCCGUUCGAUGCAGUGGGUGACUUGGAGGGCUCGGAGGACACUUGGACUGCCGAAUGGUACCGACAGCAUCCCUGUCGUCGCGAUUGUCAAGCAGGCGGGGAACCCCUCACUUGCCGCUACAAUUUUGUUGUGGAAUGGUAUCAGACCUUCGCCAAGGCCUGCUACGAUUGUCCACGAAAUCUGACGGAUUGCUCGCGGCCACACUGCAUCAUGGGAGAUGGCCUGGAGCGUGGCAUCACUGUGGUGAAUCGCAUGAUGCCAGGGCCCGCCAUAGAGGUCUGCGAAGGUGAUCGCAUCGUGGUGGAUGUGAAGAACAGUCUGCUCGGGGAGAGCACCUCCAUCCACUGGCAUGGACUGCAUCAGAAGAAUACGCCCUACAUGGACGGUGUGCCGCACAUUACGCAGUGCCCCAUUACGCCGCAUGCCACAUUCCGUUACAGUUUCCCAGCGGAUCUCUCGGGCACUCAUUUCUGGCACUCGCACACGGGCAUGCAGCGUGGCGAUGGAGUUUUUGGGGCACUGAUCAUCAGGAAACCAAAGAGUGCAGAGCCCCACGGCCGACUGUACGAUCUGGAUCUCAGCGAACAUGUGAUGAUUGUCCAGGACUGGAUACACGAGCCCGGGGCCAGCAUCUUUGCGAGUCAUCAUCACUCUCGAGGCGACAAUAAGCCGCACAAUCUGUUGGUCAAUGGCCGGGGACGCUAUUACAAUCGCAUCUGGGCAGAGGCCAAAAAGGAGCAUCAGGUGGCCAGAGGCAAGACGAGCACGAAGCCGUUAGAGCCGCUGCCCAAAUCCGAGGUGGAUUUGGUACAAACUUUGCCACGAAGCGCACGUCUGGCCAAGAACAACAACACCAAUACCACGCGACUCUUUCCGGUGCAACUGUUGCGGCAAAAGCGUGGAAAUCUCAAUGAGAUUCCCCUCGAACUGGUGCCCCAUCAGGUGUACAAUGUGCAGCGUGGCCUGCGCUAUCGUUUCAGGAUCAUCAAUGCGGAGUAUCUCAAUUGUCCGAUUGUCGUUUCGGUGGAUGGGCAUAAUCUGACGGCCAUCAAUUCGGAUGGCUUUGACAUUGAGGCCAUGGAAGUGGGUUCCAUUGUGACAUAUGCCGGGGAACGCUUUGAUUUUGUGCUGCAUGCCAAUCAGGCGGUGGGCAACUAUUGGGUGCGCCUCAAGGGCUUAAUGGACUGCAGCGAGGUCUUCACCUCCGCCUUCCAAGUGGCCAUUUUGCGGUACGAAGGCGCACCCGAUGAGGAGCCCAGCGCGGCGCUCAGUUACGCCCACAAGGCGGAGGGCAUUGAACUGAAUGUAAUGAACCGUGGACCGGGCUAUCCGGACACCAAAACUGUGGCUGAGAUGCGAGCGUUGCCCAUCUACGAUCAAGUGCCGGGCAUCGAUCAUGACACGCUCCAGCCGGAGGCUGACUUCAAGUUCUUUGUGUACUACGAUUUCUAUGCCAAGAAUAAUCCAGAGUUCCACGACAAAGAUCUCUAUGCCAUGGACAUGAAUAUGACGCAAUCGAAUCGCCUCUACACGCCACAAUUGAAUCACAUAACCCUGAAGUUUCCAUCGCUGGCGUUGCUGCCUUCCCGCCGACAACUAAACGACGCUGAUUUUUGCAACGAGACAAGUCUCGCGGCGCAGGGCAUCGAUUGCCGCACAGAGUUCUGCAAGUGCCACCAUGUGCUGCAAGUGCCACUCAAUGCGGUGGUGGAGCUAAUCAUUGUGGACGAGGGUUUCCAGUAUUAUGCGAAUCAUCCUUUCCACUUGCAUGGCAAUGCAUUUCGAGUGCUGGCACUGGAGAGAUUGGGCGAGAAUGUGACCAUCGAAAUGAUCAAAUCCCUGGAUCGUUUCAAUUUGCUAAAACGCAACUUUGUCAAUCCUCCUGUGAAGGAUACAGUAACCAUUCCCGAUGGUGGCUACACCAUCAUUCGCUUUGAGGCCUACAAUCCUGGCUAUUGGCUCUUCCACUGCCACAUUGAGUUUCAUGCGGAGAUUGGCAUGGCUCUGGUCUUCAAGGUAGGCGACGACGAUCAAAUGGUGCCCGUGCCGGAGCACUUUCCCACCUGUGGGGACUACAAUCCGGAUUUGCGUUCCGAUGCGGAGCCAACCACUGAGGGGACUAGCAGCAAACCGCCAACAGCCGCACCACAGGAUACGGAUGGAGGUGCCAAAGGAUUGGCAAGCGGCCCAGCGACGAUCGCUUUGAUUUGCAGUUUACUUUUGCUGCGAUUUGGGCACUAACGGGCCGGACAACCACUUCUCCCCCCAUCUAUACUUGCCACGCGAAUUUCAGAGAUUAUUUAUUCAGAGCGGGAGCAGCAGCUGUCUGUCUCUUUGCUGUCUGCUGUUUGAGUUCAUCUUUUGUAUAUAUUGUAUUCCAUAGUCGUAUGUGUAGCCCUCAUUGUAGCAUCUAAACAUCUGUGAUUGUCUAAGAAAAAAAUCUUUUCUAAAAAUCUAUUAAACAAUUUUAUAAGAAA